UCGCUUUAUUUAUGCGCAACCUCCUUUUGCGUUAGCACGUUUAUUAGAAAGCCACGUGAGAAGCGAAUAUGGAUAAACCAGUCGUUUUGGCACGCGUUAUCAAAGUCCUGGGUCGCACUGGUUCGCAAGGGCAGUGCACCCAGGUGAAAGUGGAGUUCCUGGGCGAGCAAAAUCGGCAGAUCAUCAGGAACGUGAAGGGACCAGUACGAGAAGGCGACCUCCUAACCUUGCUCGAGUCUGAACGUGAAGCGAGAAGACUUCGAUAAUGCGGAACAGCAGCUUUAUUCAAUAUUGGAAAAACGGUCGCCAGCCACUACCGGACUUCACCAGCUAUGGGUUUUAUAUGAAUCUUCUGCGGAUCCUCGAUCGUCGGUGAGGACACUUCUGUCACAUGUCGAGAGGAUAUCACCGAUACUAUCAUGCGAGAUAAAAUCGUACAUUCUGCUCUUACAAACAUUCCUAACGCAAUAAGAAUUCCACAAUUUUUUCAAUAAAUCUCGGCUGGUAACCACAAAU